AUGCUCUGGAAUGCUUCCCAUUUUCCGAAUGUAAGAUUUUCCAAAAUAAACGUUGGAGUAACUGCAUGGCUGAUACCAUGUGAACAAUUUAAUUCACACAAUAAUAUUUCUGGAGUUUAUGGAAGCUCGGCCUUUUUCCAGGAGGCUUGGAAGUCCAAAAGUGAGCUGUUUCUUCUCAGUGGGAGAAAAGAUGGAGGAUGUGAAUCGGAAUUGGACGGGGCUCUUGUAAUGAGAUCCAGAUGCAACCCUGGGAUAGCAGGGAUCCCCAAGCUUAUCUGUUCAGAAGGUCCCCAAACCUUCAGGGCUUGUAGCUCACAUGCCUCCUCUUCCAAGGAGUCUGCCCUGAUGGCCAGAUUGCAUCAGCUGACAUCACACUGUCAAGAUGAUCUGUUUCCCUGUCCUUUUCCCCUUCGUCUGGGAAAUUCUUGCGACCAGGAUAUUAAAAGCUUGCAAUAA